CGUCAGUGUGUGGGUGCAGCUCUUCUUCCUCCUUUGUAUCUCAUCAGUCUCUUCUGAAGGAGGUAAAUCACAGAGUCCCUCGGACACACAAACUGAGCACUGCAGAAUCUGUCUGAGAUCAUCCCGAACCAUGACAGAAAUCAGAAUGACCCCGUCCCUCAACCUGUCCUCAGAAAACAACCAGACAAAUGGUCACUGUGAAGAAAUUGACACGCCGGGCCGUAUUUACUUCACUGUGGUCUACAGUCUGGUGUUUCUGGUGGGUUUAGUCCUCAACGGAUUCACCCUGAGGUUUUACUUCUGCAGCGCCCAGCAGCAGACAUCAAACAGUGUGACCAUCUACCUGAAGAACCUGGCAGCUGCAGACUACCUAAUCACCCUCUGCCUCCCCUUAAGAAUCAGCCACUUCUCCAGCCGCUCAAUCACCUUGUUCAGGGUCUACUGCAACUUUGGCGCCUCUGCGUUUUACCUGAACAUGUACGCCAGCAUCCUGUUCAUGGGUUACAUCGCAGCAAACAGGUAGGACUUGUCAGGACGCAAAAGACAUAAAGCACCUUUAUUUGAAUCUCUAUAAAAACAGAUAUCUGAACAUAAAGGAGAAUUUUUAGGUAAGGGACAACACUUGCCGAGCUGGCAGCCGACGCUGAGCAAGAUGGCUGGAAAGGAAGGCUCUGCCCUGUUGAGGUCAGCUGCAGAGUCUUUGUGGGCAGUUCCACCACCAGGCUCCUUAAGUACAUCAAGGUUUGUGGUCAAGCCAUCAAAGCCCUCUCCAGUGCCACAGAUCAGCUAGUUGUUGGCUUUGGAUCAAGAGGAGGGACACUACCUGAGCUUUAAAACAACAGCCACAGCCAGUAGGAGUGGUUUCAUAUCUCUGGUAGUGAUGCAGCUUCCUUAGUGCCCAGAUUCUAGCAAAAGAUAGUCAGACACAUCCGGUUACAUUUUGUGCCCUGCUUUUAGACAGUGCACUUCAUGUUCAUUAAAGUAUGCUACCAUUUUAUUGUUGGUUUGAUGACAACAUCUUGAUUUCUAGCUGACGCUAAAAUAGAUCUGUGGGUUUCAUUGGGUAAUUCGCAGGUUUUAACAUAUGAAACAGAAGUUCUGU